AGUAAAGCGCAGGAGCAGAGCAGUUUGAAUAAAAGGCGGGAGCUGCCAUAAGGACGCUGAUCUGAGGUCUGUGAGUACUGCAGCUGCAUUUUACCCUACAGAAUGUCAGGUCCUGAGGUACAAACUGUUAUGGAGCUGGAUGCUCCCCCUCUGCCUCCUGCUAAAGAGGCGCAAAAAAAGCUUAAAAAACCUCCUCGCUGCAUCUCUUGUGCAAGGAAACUGCCUGACGAUUAUGGAAAGAAGCUUUGUAAAGCAUGUAUUUCUGAUGUAAUCCAGGAGGAACAGUCGUCCCUUAUGGAAAAUAUCAGAUCGGUGGUUCAGGAAGAAAUUCGGGCCGCUAGAGUUGCUCAGUCUGAUCCCCAGGACGAGCCUUCUCGCAAGCGUCCGCGUUCCAGGAUUUUUUCUUCCGGAUCCGAGGACGCAGGCGAUAAAGCUUCUACCUCCACGCAGUGGGAGGAUGAUCCAUCUCUCUCUGAGGGGGAGGUAUACGAAAAUAAUAAGAAGUUUUAUUUUUCCUCGGAGGAGAUGAAUGACUUGUUAAAGGCAGUCAGAGCAACAAUGGGGAUUGAAGAGACCCCUAGGUCCGUUUCUAUUCAGGAUGAAAUGUUUGGGGGACUCAAGGUGAAAAAAUCCAGGGUCUUCCCCAUAAACGAGCACAUUAGACAGAUGAUUCUGGAGGAAUGGUCAGAACCUGAGAAACGAUUGGGGAUUUCCAAAGAGUUUAAAAAUCGAUUAUUAUUCGACCCCUCUCAGUCUAAGCUGUUUGACGGGACCCCUAAAGUUGACGUGCAGGUGGCAAAGGUUAACAAAAAAACUGCCCUGCCGUUUGAGGAUGCUGCCCAAUUGAAGGACACCAUGGAGCGAAAGGCAGAUGCCCUUUUAAGGAAAGCUUGGGAGGCCUCCAUGUUUAACAUCAAGACCAACAUUGCGGCAACAUCGGUAGCCAGGUCUAUGUACCUGUGGUUAGGGGAACUUGAGAACCACCUAAGCAGAAAGACCUCCAGGGAAGAGAUCCUGCAGUCCAUACCGCUACUCAAAUCAGCUACAGGGUUCCUGGCAGAUGCAUCUGCUGAGUCUAUCAGAUUCUGUGCUAGGGAGGCAGGGUUGUCCAAUGCGGCUCGUCGGACUUUGUGGAUGAAGUCCUGGUCGGGCGAUAGAAUCUCUAAGCUAAAACUGAUAUCCAUCCCCUUUUCAGGAGAAUAUGUAUUCGGGCCGGUCCUAGACGAGAUACUUGAGAAGGCGGCCGACAAGAAAAAGGGAUUCCCAGAGGAAAGGUCCUUUAGGAAGAAUCAGUCCUUUCGGUCCUACGGCGGACAGAAUAAGUCUGUUAGAGGGAAGGGCAAGUCAGGCCGCUGGUCUUAUCCCAAAGGGGGUAGAGGAAGGGGCUUCCUUCUCAAGCCCCAGUCCAAAUCUGAGGACAAACAAUGACGCCGUUGUAGGGGGGAGACUGAAGGAUUUCCUGGGUCCAUGGUCAUUAACAUCAAGAAAUCCCUGGGCCCUGGACAUCAUUCAGCAAGGUUACAGGAUCGAGUUCACCUCUCUCCCCCCUGCAAGAUUCGUCAUCACGAGGUUGCCUACCAGACUCUCCAACCUAAACAUCUUUCAAGGAGUCCAGGACUUGGUGAAGAAGGGUGCUGUAAUCCCGGUCCCCGCAUCUCAGAGGGGUCAGGGGUACUAUUCAACCCUAUUCUUAGUAAGGAAAAAGGAAGGAGACUUCCGGACCAUCAUAAACUUAAAACAACUGAACAAGUUUAUUCUUUACAGGAAGUUCAAGAUGGAGUCUCUCAGAUCCUUAGUGCCGUUGAUAAAGCUAGGGGCAUUUAUGUGCUCGAUCGACCUGAAAGAUGCCUAUCUGCACGUCCCCAUUCACCCAGAUCACCAGAGGUUUCUAAGGUUUGCUGUCCUAGACCCUUCCAAUCGGAUUCGUCAUUUCCAGUUUAUAGCACUGCCCUUCGGGAUUUCAGCCGCUCCAAGGCUCUUCACCAAACUUGUGGUAGAGAUGAUAGCCCCUCUCAGACAGGAGGGAUUAAAUAUAGUGCCAUAUCUGGACGAUUUCCUAGUCAUAGCGGACUCAAAAGAUCUCCUGCUGUCGGACCUGGAAGUAUUUCUAUCCCGCCUAUCUCAACUAGGUUGGAUAGUGAACGAACCCAAGUCAAUGUUGGUUCCAUCCCAGAAGGUGAGA